CAGCCAUAUCGUGAGAUCGGAUCCAGUGCUGACAGCAGGGUAUUUGAGCAGCCAGGUACCCCGUGGGCGUUCAAGAUCCUCAUUAUCGAUCAAGCUAUGAAGCUUUGGAACAAUAACACUAUGCAUAUGAGGGUUUACGACAGCUUCAUUGGCGUUGCCAAGGUGGUAGACACGGCGGUUGAAGUCCCUCGUGUCGCCUGGUUUGCAAACCAAACCUCGGACUUUUGGCGCACGAACUUGGAGCUCUUCCCCGACGACCCUAAAUUUUCACGCCGGCCGCGCAAUGUGCUCUGUAUGGAACGCAUCCUUCCUCUUCCUCGGGCGGCUCGUGACGCGCUGAUUGACCUCUUCUGCGACCCUACGAGCAUCCCGGCUGCUAAAAACGACCGCUCUAAUGCCGACUGUCUGGUUCACAUCUUGCUAGGCAGCAAG